GACACGCGGUCGCAGAGAGGAGAGGAACGAGUGUGGUAGCGAGCUUCAUCGCAGUUGAAUUAGGAAAGGACAGGAGCGUUGGUGUAAGUAAAAGAGAGACUGUAGUCGGAAGGGGAGCCUCAGCGAGGAGGUGUGGAUGGAGGACGAAAAGGUGGCCUUUUUAUUUGGUGAGUGCGCACCCGAAACGGAGAUUUCAGGUCUGCACUGGAGAAUGAUGGAAAGAAUGCGUGUUAGGGGACUGUACGUCGCCGAGGGCCGCAUUGGCGAACAGGGUUUUGCCACAGAAGGCGCAACUAUUGGUGCCCUAGGAUGACAACCAAUAGCGAGCAACGUAGCCACAGACUGCACUCGAGGAAUAGCGCGAAAGUCGCAAGGAAGUCGAAGCCAUAGCACGGAAUUCCUCCGCGGAUGUCCUUGAACGCCCAUAUCGUGUUCUUUCUCGCUUCCGAAUGCGGACAUUGCGUGUAGUGAACGCAGAGAUUCUCGGGUCCGC